CGCGAACGAGACAAACUAAUUAUAUCGAUCGAUAUAUUUACCUACUGCCUCGACCCAGUUUGUUAGAAUAUUGUUGGAAUUAAUCAGGAUCCUUUUAUAGUCCCUCUGCGGGGCAAUCGGACCACUCUCAGAUGGUAGAAACGCUUAAGUUCUGGCAGCAAAGGAUGUUGCGCUGAAACCAAAGAAACGUCCCAAAAACAAUGCAAAAACGGAACCAUUUCCGUACCAAAUCAAUUAUCGUUCUGCUGCACUCCAACGGGGAGUUAAAACAUCAAUUACCUGACAGAGUUUUAUCGUGACCAAUUAUGAUGGACCAUAAACAAGGAAAGGAGAGAGUUCGUUCUACUAAAAGGCAACUGGACAAACUGGUAGAAAUUAUGGAGCGAAACCCCGAGCUGGCAAAAGGUGGGGGUUCAAAUCGGACAUGUUUUUGGAAGAAUGAGGCUUUGAAGUUCAACUCCAUGGGGCCAGCUGUGAAGGAAGGAGCGGAUUGUAAAAGGAAUUGGAUUGAUAAAAAGUCGUUGGUUAAAAAAAAGCUUAGCCAUAAUAAGAAGGAAAUGCAGCAGACAGGAGGUGGGAAACCGGCAAUGAACACUCUCAGCGAACUGGAAGAGCGAAUAGCUGCAGUUACGAAUAUGCGAGACAUCACCAACAGGAUUGAAGGUAGUCUAUGCAUCGGUAUAGGAAAUCAGAUGGAGCAGCCCGGACCAUCACACCAUACUCAGCCCUCGAACCCUGGACCAUUAAAUCAUACCGAGUUCUCGGACCUUGAACCAUCACAUCACAUUCAGUCCUCAGAGCCCGGACCACAUCACAUUCAGUCAUCAGAGCCCGAGCCAUCACUUCAGACCCAGUCCUCGGACCCUGGACCAUCACAACAAAUCCAGCCCUCGGAGCAGCUCGAACCUUCUGGCCAGGGGAAAAAGGCUAAAAAAAGACCAGCAGCGACCAGCCUCGAGGAAUUCCAGAAAACUAUUUUAGAUCACAAUGAUAAAAAAAAAUCAAUGUCUUAGAGAUAUUUCAAACUCUUUAAAAAUGUUUACAGAAGAAACAUUGGAAGUAUUUCAAGAAAUUGUAAAGCAUAUGAAAAAUAAAGAGUA